UUUGGAUAGGUUCCAUGAAGAUGAAGUUCCAUUUCUAUCCCUACAUUUAGAACUUGUCAUAAAAAGUGGGAUCACCCCUAGCGGAGAGCAGAGAGAGCUGCACUGGAAUGCAGACUAUGCAGAAGAGAGGAUGGAAGAAGAGGGAGAGGAGAUGCCAUGGGAUGCUUUGCCCGAAGGUCUACUGAUCAACAUAUUCUGCAGAACUACAAUUAGAGAUCGGAUAGGGAGCCUAUCUCUGGUUUGCCGCUCAUGGCAACAGGCCUCCCAAGACCCUCUUUACUGGCAGUCGAUGAUCGCCGUCGACUCCGAUGAAUACGAUUCAACAGACAACGCCUUCGUGAAGGAGAGCAACGAACCCAACUCCUGCCAUGAUUUUUUCGUCAACCCUUUUGAUAUUGACGAUGGCUUAGAUAACUUGGGUGUGCUGCGACUCCGAACUCUAAUCCAACGGUCGAUAGCCGGAAAACGAAGAAGAGCCAAGCUCAACUCUAUCUAUCUCUCACCUUUCCUCGCCAAAUCUGGUGUUGGUGGCGGCCCUCGCAACGACGAUGAAAUCCUCUAUCUCAUUGCCGACUGUUGCCCGAACGUGAAACACCUCUCUUUCGAUGGAUCCUACAAUGCAUCGGAGGACGCCGUUUUGAAUAUCAUCCGUAGCUGUAAGAGGCUACAACUCAUUGACUUCUCUGAUUCCCCCUAUGUUACAGAAUAAGUACUGGAAGAGCUGGGCGGCAACAACUGCCCAUGUUUCCGAGGGAUCAGGAGGUCGGGAACGAUUAGCAGCUUUCAAGCAAGCGCCAUUGCCAGAAACUUACCAAGACUGAGGCUCCUGAACCUGUCCAACACCGAUCUCACUGAUGGUGGUUUGUCUACCAUACUAUCUAUCUGGUUGUCUUUGUCUUGAGUAUCUGGAUGUUAGGGGGUGCAAUUUCCUGAGACUUGGUUUCCAUAUGAUAGAAAGAGCUACAGCGCAGAUCAUUGAAUUUCUUUAUGAUCCUGAUGAAGGUUAUUAUGAUGAUUCUGGAGAUUGGUUCGAGUUUGAUCGUAGCGAUUCAAUACACUGGUAAUAUGUAGUUUUUGAGAAUCUCUUUAUACUCGUAAUGCAGGUCAUGUCUAUGAUUCUCGACUCUUUUUAUGUUUCCGGUUAUGUUAAUUAAAUUUCCUGACUGAAAUGGAUGCUUUUCUAA